UAUCAGUCUCUCCGCUGCGCAUCGUCGAAACGGAAGGAAAAUCGUGUUAAUUCCUUGUGAUCUGUGUUGCGAGUCCAACUCGAUUUUUUACUUUGUUGUUAUCUUUUAAUUUCACUUGGAUGUGCAAUUGCCGACGCUAAAAUACGUACUAUAAACAAAAAAUAAAGAGUAUCGGUCGGCGCUCAGUUAAAAUAACUAAGAAAAUAAAAUAAACGCCACGUUCUCGCGUUCUACAAAACUCUCCCAUUAAAACACUCGAGCAGCGUAUUACAUAUAUUCGACCACGCUAUAUAAUUAGUUACUUGCCGCUGAUAUUUCAAACAAUCCGCAUGGCAACAAUACCAAAAAUUUCAAUGAUCUGAAGUGACACAACUGUUUUAAUCGAAAUAAACGUGCGUUUAGUGUUCAUCACCCACUAAUAAACAACUAGAAUAGAGAGUGAAAUCCGGAAAAAGUUAUAUACACCUUACCCAGUGCGUUUCCAAUGUAGCCCUUCAUGGAUAAUUAACACGAAAUCGUUGUGUGACUAUAUAGCAAUAUCGUGUUAAAGCAAAUUUUGCAGUGGCUGAAUUUAGCAGCGAUCCAACAAAAAGUGCCCCCCAAUCAUCUCAAUACCCCAGCGAAUUUCUCUCAUUUGUCAGCGUGGAAUUUGCCUGAGUCACUCAGCCAUUUCAAUUUUCCGUUCUUCAAAUGGGUUGACUUGUGACAUUGCAGCUUCCUGGACCCGGGAAACAAAAGGGAUACAACUUGAACCUCAAAAGACAUAGCCAAGCUCCACAAACCCGCGGCCACUACCGAAACAUCAAUUAAAGUCAAUAGUUAAUCAACAAUAUAAAACCUGGAAACCGUUGGAAACUCUGCUUGAAAGCAGCGCACCACCCAUGAACCACUCGGCCAAAGCGCUCAACAGCGUGGCCACCAAGACUAGCACCUCCUCCUGCACCAUCACCAUCCACAUCCAUCCACAAAACCACCUGCACACUGGCCACCUGAUUGCCCACCGUCUUGGACACUCCUACGCAGCUCGCGCCGAUCACAAUUAUUCGGGCUAA